AUGUGGCUAAAUCGCUAUUCCCAACACCCUUCGCCGUCAUCUUCGCCUGCACCGCAAAGGAGGCCUAGUCAUCUCGCUCCGAGCCCCCUUCCCCACAGGCCCGGCAUCACAAACCGCUCUUCCUCCUUGUCUCUCCUCACGAAUGGAUCUACCGAUAGUCUUCCUGCUUCCGCAAGAUAUCCUCCUGCCCAUUCCAACUUGAGAAAUCAGUUGGAUGCUUCUCCUGUCGACAAUGUGCCACAUCCAUUAGACGUGCUGCGCGAUAUCCUAGGCCCGAUUCAAUCCGACUCCCUGUCUUCAGAUGACCAGCAUGAUGCGAAUGUCGACUUCGGUGAGCUGAGUCUGCAAGAGUUUGUCGACACCCCUCUAUCUUCAGACCAACCUUCCGAACAGCCAUCCGUCGAAGAAUUCCAAAAGGAGAAAGGCAAGUUUGAGGAUCUACACAAGUCCAUUGUCGCCUGUGAUGAAGUCCUCAAGUCUGUAGAGAAUUAUCUCACCAGCUUCCAGGCUGAUCUCGCCGCUGUCUCUGCUGAGAUUGAAACAUUGCAAAAUCGUUCAUCUGGCCUCAAUACCAAACUCGAGACGCGCAAGCAGCUUGAAACAAUGCUCGGUCCGGAAGUCGAUGCUUUGACCAUCUCUCCGGCUAUUGUGCGAAAAAUCUCAGAUGGACCUAUAGAUGAUGCUUGGAUAAGAGCUCUGGACGACUUAGAAAAACGCUCCAAGACUGUUGAUGCGAAGGCCGCUAGGUCUAAGAGUGCCUCUGAUCUUAAACCACUGAUAGACAGCCUCAAAAAUAAGGCCGUCGAACGAACUCGUGAUUAUGUUGUAUCUCAGAUCAAAGCGUUACGUGCGCCUGGUGUCAACGCACAGCUCAUACAGCAGAACAACUUCAUGAGAUACAAGGAUGCUUUCCAAUUCCUAGAUCGGCAUCAACCUCAAUUGGGUCAAGAGAUUGGUCGUGCUUAUAUCAAUACAAUACGCUGGUUCUACUUACACAAUUUUUCGAGGUAUAAAGCAUCACUGGAAAAGAUGACUAUCCAUGUUAUCGAUAAGAACGAGGUCCUGGCACAAGACGAUACUACAAAGCGGACAACAGUGGUUUCUGGCUCAAAAACACAGGCUGCACCACAUGAUGCAUUUUCCCUCGGGCGACGCAUGGACAUGCUCAAGGGCAGCUUCAAAUCGGCUCUAUCUUCGCAUAUAGCAGAGGAAGACAAAUCUGCGCAUUAUUUAGAGGCGCCUUUUAGAGCCUUCAAUCUCGCGCUGAUGGACAAUGCUUCUGGCGAAUACUCGUUUCUAACCGAGUUCUUUUCGAAGCAAUCGUACCACGAAGUAAAUCGCAAAUUCGGCGAGAUUUUCCAGCCAACUUUUGCUCUUGGCCAGGCUCUGACCAAGCAAUUAAUUGAUCCGACUAUCGAUGCACUGGGUUUAUUGAUGACAGUUCGGUUGAAUCAACGUUUUGCAUUCGAGCUUCAGCGAAGGAAAGUACCAGCAAUGGAGGGCUAUGUCAACGGCACCAAUAUGCUUCUAUGGCCACGUUUCCAGAUGGUCAUGGAUACACAUUGCGAGUCUCUUCGCAAGGCUACCUCAUCGCUCUCUGGACGACCGGCAGGCUCGGCGCUUAGUCUUACCUCCUCGGCGUCUGCACCACAAUCAAUCGCACCACAUCAAAUAACUCAGCGAUUUGCGAACUUUGUGCAGGGAAUCUUGGCAUUGAGCAGCGAAGCUGGGGACGACGAACCGGUUCACAACAGCUUGGGGAGAUUGCGUAACGAUUUUGAAGCCUUUCUGACCAAGUUAAGUAAAAGCUUUGCAGAGCAGAAGAAGCGGGAACGGUUCCUCGCGAACAAUUACUCAUUGGUCGGUACCAUCAUCGCAGAAACGGAAGGCAAGAUGGCCAAAGAGCUCAAAGCGCACUUUGCAGAAAAGGUAGAGGAGUUGGGAGGUCGAUAG